AUGGCCGGAGAACAACAUAGCGAUCACAGCCGUCCCCUCGUCAACUACAACAGGGACGACGGCCCACCAUCCCAUGAAGCGGACGUUCGGGACGGUCAUCCAUCCACCCCGUCUCCAGAGCCCCAAAACAACGGAGAUGCCUCUCACGCCCACAAUUUAGGGGCAGAGACAUUUCAUCCCAUUCCCGUCCCCGUUGAAGGAGACGCCGUAAUGAUUGCCAUGGUGAAUGCCCUCAAUCAGGCCGGUUCUAUGCUCCACCAGCAGCACGAACGAAUCAUGGCCCUCGAAGCCGAACGACAAGAGGCCCGGCCCCAGCCGGUGAGUAGGAUACAACAACGUUCGGAGCCAACGAAGAAGCGAGGACGUCGCUCUCCCGAACCCCACGCCAGCAGGGCACGCGCCCAUCGUGACGGUGGUCGAGCGAGAACAUCACCAAGGCGCGGGCACAGCCCCGACAACAACGAACUGUCUCCCUUAAGGAGCGACGAGGAAGAUUUGCAUUGCCCCCUAUCUCGGGCAAUAAUGGAAGCCCCGCUCCCCAAAGGCAUGGAGAAACCGCCAAACCUAGCUGUGUACGACGGGACUACAGAUCCCGACGAUCACGUCGACAACGUCAACGCGAUGCUCGACUACCGCAAUGAUAUAACCGGGCACCUCAAAUGCCGACUGUUCUCAACGACCCUCAGGAAAGGGGCCAUGGCCUGGUACAAAAGCUUGGCCCCUGAGUCCAUUACGUCAUGGAGAGUCAUGAGGUCCAUGUUCACCCGGCACUUUACAGCUUCCCGUCGUCACCCCAAGACUGAGGCGACCCUUGAAGCCAUAGUGCAGAAGAAGAAUGAAACACUGCGCUCAUACAUCGAGCGAUUCAACCAGGAAGCUGUCGAGGUAGAUACCACCGAGCACAUGAAGAAGUAUCUCCUCGAGAGAGGUCUCUUACCCGGCAGUGAACUUAGCAGAACCGUAGGGAUCGAGCCUCCCCGCACCUUAAACGAGCUCCUGCAUAAAGCCCAGGCCUACAUCAGAUACGAGGAAAAGCAGGUGGCACACAAUGCCCGCAGCGGACGUAACGCUGGGGAGACCGAGCACUCAAAACGCGAGGACACGAGCAUUUCCCGUCGCAACGGAGACAAACGAAGAGAAGAAAGACCUCGCGAGGUCCGGGAAGGAAGAGGCCCCGCGGGCAGAUAUAGCGAGUACACCUUACUGACAGCUCCUCGAGAGCGUAUCCUCGCAGAAUGUAUCAACUCUGAAUUUAAGCAGGGCAGGGUCAGGUUCCCAAAACCGUCUGCGCCAAAGCCCCACACCGACAAAUCAAAGUACUGCCGGUUCCACAGAAGUCACGGGCACGUGACCGAAGACUGCGUCCACCUGAAAGAUGCGAUUGAAAUUUUAAUCCAAGAAGGGCACCUGAAGCAGUACACGAGGAAGAACGAAGCUCCCAGACACGACGAGCCAGAGAAGAAGAGACCCCGGGAAAACACACCCCCCGACAACUCUCCCUAUCAAGUGGCCCUCUGCGUGUCACGACCGGAAGAUUUCUUCCUCCCCGAACCAUUGCCCGAGGGCAAGAUCACUGCACUCAGCCCCUGGGAAGACUUCCCUACCACACUGGUGAUAUCAGGAGGAGGAACUAACGGGGAAUCCGCGGCCCUCUCCGUCAAACGUAAGUUCGACGAACUCCUACUGACUGCCCCUGAGCAGAAAGCGACAUUGACAAAAUACCGGGGAAAAUCCAACCCAAUAUCCUUCUUCCUGGAGGAACUCCCGGGCGGAUCCCCGAACUCGGCCAUCCCACUAUUGAUAAGAGCAAAGAUGGCCCGAUUCGACGUACGGCGCAUCCUGGUCGACGAAGGCAGCUCAGUGGAUAUCAUGUACGUCCACCUCUUCAAGACUCUGAAGCUAGACAAGACCAACUUAGCCCCCUACGUCGGAUCAGAUCUCCAAGGAUUCAACGGAGCAACAACCAGACCGUGGGGAUAUGUUGAGCUCCUCGUCACCUUCGGCGAACAAGAAACGGCCAGGGAAGUCAAAAUACAAUUCCUGGUCGUAGACUGUCCGUCUCUCUACAAUUGCAUCUUUGGACGCCCGACACUGGCCGAACUCACUGCGGUCCCAUCCACCGUCCACCUGAAGAUGAAAUACUACACCAAAUUGGGACGUGUGGUCACCAUCCAUGGUGACAUCGAAGCAGCCCGACGAUGCUACGACGCCGCAGUAAAAGGACAGGCCGUAGUCAGCACGAAGAGCAACUGCAACAACAAAAAACUCAAGACCGAGGAUCUUGCCCGAGGAGUCAACGCCAUCGACCUCGACUGUCGCAUCGGGCUGGACGAGACCGAAGAGGGGAGGUUCCCCAAGGAACGCUCUCUCGAACACCCGGUCCGACCAAUCCCCGACGGGGAGUUCGAACUCAUUCCUCUUGGGGACGAUCCGGAAAGGACGGUGAAGAUAGGUCAGGGACUACCCGAGGAAACAAGAGAAGAGCUAGUAGCAUGCCUCAAAGAGAACUCCGACCUCUUCGCGUGGAAUGCCGCAGAAAUGCCCGGGCUGGACCCCGAGAUCGCGUGUCAUAAGCUAGCUGUAGACCGGGCAGCCAAGCCCAUAGCACAGCGUAGACGCAAGCAAUCGCCCGAAAAGGCAGAGGCUGCCGAGCGAGCUGUAAAAGACCUCUUAGAGGCAAAUUUUAUUUCUGAAGCCCAGUACACAACCUGGCUCUCUAAUGUAGUCCUCGUUAAGAAAAAUAAUGGAAAAUGGCGUAUGUGUGUUGAUUAUACUGAUCUUAAUAGGGCUUGCCCGAAAGAUGCUUUCCCCCUCCCUAAUAUAGACUCGCUCGUUGACAACUCUGCAGGUUUUAAACUCUUGUCCUUCAUGGACGCAUAUAGUGGAUACAACCAGAUCCCUAUGUCGCCCGCAGACAAGAAACACACAGCGUUCAUGACCCCAACGGGCAAUUACUAUUACAACGUGAUGCCGUUCGGGCUCAAGAACGCUGGCGCUACAUACCAACGCAUGAUGAACAAAGUCUUCAAGGACGAAAUAGGGGACAUGCUCGAAGUAUACAUGGACGACAUGAUCGUCAAAUCACACGAGGAGAUAACCCAUGCUCGACACCUUACGAAGGUAUUCGAGCAGGCGAGACAGUGUAAAAUGAGGUUCAACCCCGAGAAAUGCACGUUCGGAGUCCGGGCAGGCAAGUUCCUCGGUUUCUAUCUCACCGAAAGAGGGAUCGAGGCCAACCCCGACAAAUGCCGGGCAUUCUCGGAGUUUCCGACCCCGAAAACCAAAAAAUCGAUCCAGUCACUCAAUGGAGUGCUCGCCUCACUCUCCCGUUUCAUCGCCAAGUCCGCCCAGCACGCAUUGCCAUUCUUCAGACUCCUUCGCAAAGAGGCUACCUUCGACUGGACCGAUGAAUGCGAGCAAGCGCUACUCCAUCUAAAGAAGGUUCUGUCCCAACCCCCGGUCUUAUCACGGCCAUCAGAAAAGGAAACCCUAUACUUAUACCUAUCCGUGGCGACCGAGGCCGUCAGCGCCGUCCUAAUAAGAGAAACCGACGAAGGACAAAAGCCCAUCUAUUUUACGAGUAAAGCACUCCAAGGUCCCGAGCUCCGAUAUCAGCAAAUCGAAAAGGUCGCCCUGGCCCUCAUCAACACAGCGAGGAGACUACGAUAUUACUUCCUCGCACACACGAUAAAGGUGAGGACCGACCAGCCAAUCAAACAGCUGCUCGGGCGCCCGGAUAUGGCCGGGAGGAUGCUCAAGUGGUCACUAGAACUCUCCGAAUUCGACAUACAAUACGAAAGUAGGAAAGCCUUGAAAGCUCAGGCGCUGGCCGACUUCGUCGCGGAGAUGACACUCGGCGAGGCAAAGAGGGCAUGGGUCGAGGAGCUACAUAGCGUCCUAUGGGCCUACCGCACGACACCACAUUCUACCACCGGGGAAACCCCGUUCCGACUAACUUACGGCACCGAGGCAGUCAUCCCGGUGGAGAUACGGACGCCAACGAGGAGGACAGAGGAGCCCCUAGACGAGGAAAUGAACGAUGAAACCCUUAGAGCCGAGCUCGACCUAGUCGAGGAGAUACGUUCCGAAGCAGCUCUCCGGGAAACAAUCCUCAAACAAAAGAUAGCACUACGCCAUGACGCGAAAGUCAUAAAAAGAGAGUUCCAGGUCGGCACCCUGGUCCUCAGAAGAAACCAGAAAAACCCGAGAGAGGGCAAACUGGCGGCCAACUGGGAAGGCCCUUACCGCGUCCGCGACAAAACGAGCAACGGGGCCUAUUACCUAGAAAACCUACAAGGAGAACAACUCGCUCGACCAUGGAACGCAGAAAAACUUAGACAAUAUUACAGCUAA